AUGAGAGUGAGCUCCAGCCCCACACAAAAUCUUUGGCUACAUGAUAUGAACUCCUACGUCCACCUCCACCAUUUCUCCAUCUCCACAAACCCAUGCUCUCCCAAAUCCUCCUCCUUCUCUUGCUCCAUGCCUCGCCCUCCCAAUCGCAAUCGCAGAACUCGCGGCAACCGAAACCCAAGCCGCCCAACCACCACCAUAACUACCACCACCACAAAACCCUACUUCUACCCUUCUUCUUCGCCAUCGCGCCCUGAUACGCUCCAAGCCACCUUCGACCUCCAAUUCCUCUACCACACCUCCCACUACAGCCUCCAACAAUUCCUCUCCUCCGCCUCUGACGCCCUCCAAGAUCUUCGGACCCUCGUCUCCGUCGACGCCGAUAAUCGCGUCAUCGUUUCCUGUCGCCCUUCCACGCUGCGUUUCGUCGGAAAUUUGGUGGUUAUGACCUUCGCCGUCGUUUUGGGGUUUAGGGUUUUGGUUGGGUUGGUGAGGUUAGGGUUUGGGGGUCGGUCCGGGUAUGGGAGGGAGGGGACGGUGGUGAGGAGGGAUCGGAGUCUUGGGGGAAAAGAGGUUGUGGUGGGGAGGGUAGAGAAGGAUAGAGUUGAUGUGAGGAAAAAGAAGAGUUUUGGGAUGUUGGACAAUCCUCUGUCGAUGCCGAAGAGAACGGUGGUGGAUGGUUUGGGGAGGCUUUUGAAUAGCCGGGUUCGGGUUUGGGAGAAAAAAAAGCUGCCGAGUUGGUGGCCAAGCUCCAUGCCGCAGCAGAGUUCGGUGGUGGAUAAGCAUUAUUAUCAAAGCGAAGCAGAUAGAUUGGUUAGAGCGAUCACGGACAAUAGAAUGAGCGGAAAGGACAUUGUGGAGGAUGAUAUUAUUCAUUUACGUCAAAUAUGCAGGGCAUCUAGAGUACGGGUCACCUUUGAUACAACAAAUACACGAGAUUCAUUCUACCGUGUGUCUGUUGACUUUGUCUUAAAUACUUGCAGCAGGGCCCCAAGUCGCUCUACUUAUGUUCAGAUUGACGGCGAAGAUGUUUGUCAAUUUGUUGCUGGGCUUGCUGAGAAUAUUGGGCUUGACAACAUUCGUGCUGCAAGAAUUGUGUCUGCAGCCGUUGCUGCACGUACACGUUCAUGCUUUUUGCAGGCGUGGGCUUUGGUAAUGCAAGGUAAACAUGCAGAAGCAGUACUGGAAUUGUCAAAGAUAUGCCUUAUUUUGCGGAUAUUUCCUCCCGAGGAGUCCUCUCCAGAGAUGGAGAUGGUGGCUCGAGGCUUGGCGAAACACUUGAAAUUGAAUCAGAGGCAAUUUCUAAUGAGCAUGCUUGUUGGCAUUUGUAGUGAAGAAAGCCAAAGAAGAGUCGCAGAAGCUUUGGGUUUGAGAGUCGGAGCUAUAUGGGUCACCAAUUCCAUGAUUAUUGGUCCCACAUUUUAUGGCUUAAGUGCAGUCGCCGUUGGUUUGAACCUUGUGAAGCAAGAAAGCAAGAAAUUGAAAGAAAAAAUCUUGACCUAUCUGGGCUGGACGGGGAAAUCUUGGAUGCCUUAUAGACCUCACCCUUAUCCCAUUAGCUCAAAGAUAUCAUCUUUCAGAGGUGCUGGUGAUGAUGAUGAACAAUAA